UCCCUUUUCAUUUCAUUUCAUUUGUUUUUUUUCACUUUCACACACUUCACAAAUGAAAAAGAGAAAAGACAGAAUUUCUUAAUUUGUUGAACCGACUUUUCGAACCAUUCUUCUUUUUCUUCUUUACUUGUUUUGGUUUUUUAUUUUUGAAGGAAGAAAACUUGGUUUUUCUUGUUUUUUUGUUUUGUUUUGGACUGUUCAUGGAAGAGGUUUAGUUCGAGAAGGGAUGAAGGAGACAGAGAAAAUGAGUUUACCAGCUACAUUUCGAGGGUGGAACCCCACGAACGUGGAUCUCAAGCUGAGGGCGAAACGAAAGACGCGGAACACAAGGCGGAAUAGGGUUGGUGCAUCGCUGGUGGGGCGGCAGAGCAGACCGGAUACCCCUUUGUUAAGAUGGAAGACAGAUUGGAAAGAGACAGAGCAAAUGAGGUUUAAGAUGGAAGAGGUUUAAGUUCGAGAAGGGAUGAAGGAGACAGAGCAAAUGAGUUUACCGGCUACAUUUCGAGGGUGGAACCCCACGGACGUGGAUCUCAAGCUGAGGGCGAAACGAAAGACGCGGAACACAAGGCGGAAUAGGGUUGGUGCGUCGCUGGUGGGGCGGCAGAGCAAACCGGAUACCCCUUUGUUAAGAUGGAAGACAGAUUGGAAAGAGAAAGGCCGUGGAGUUGAGGAUGAGCUCGAGGAGGGGGACGGUGGCCGGAGAACUGUUGCUAGGGGACGACGGAAGAAAGAUUCGCCAGCGGUUUCGGUGAGGAAGCUUGCAGCUGGAUUGUGGCGGUUGCAUUUGCCGAAUACGGCGACUCCUGUCGGAGAGAGGAGGGAUUGGUUGGGAUUUAAGCCUAGUGAUGGUUUUAUGGAUGUGCCUUUCCUUUAUCAUCACAAGAACAGGAUUUUCGGUUCGAAUGCGAAGGAUCCGUUACAGACCCCGUGCUCUGUCUCUGGCACAAAGAACGGCCUCCUUUAUAAGAUUGAGCCUUCGAUUCCGUUUUCAAACUCGGCAAUGGAGGGAGCUACAAAGUGGGAUCCUGUUGGCUUAAAAGGAACAGAUGAUGAUGCACAGAAACUCUAUGGCCGUAUAAAGCGUAUUGACCAGCAAGUAAGUGCAGUAUCAGUUGUUUCUGCCCUUGAAGCUGAGUUAGAGCAGGCUCAAGCUCGGAUUGAGGAACUUGAGACUGAGCGCCGGACCUCGAAGAAAAAACUCGAGCAGUUCUUGAGGAAGGUUAGUGAGGAAAGGGCGGUGUGGCGGAGCAGAGAGCAUGAGAAAAUACGUGCAUUUGUUGAGGAUUUCAAAGCUGAAUUAAACCGGGAAAAGAAAAACCGUCAGAGGCUUGAAAUUGUCAAUUCGAAAUUGGUGAACGAGUUGGCUGGUACCAAGUUAUCAGCAAAGCAAUAUAUGCAGGACUUUGAAAAGGAAAGAAAGGCAAGAGAAUUGAUUGAAGAAGUAUGUGAUGAGCUUGCUAAGGAAAUUGGAGAAGACAAGGCUGAAGUUGAAGCAUUAAGGCGAGAUUCCAUGAAGCAUCUGGAGGAGGUUGACGAGGAAAGAAAGAUGUUGAAGAUGGCUGAGGUCUGGCGUGAAGAACGUGUCCAAAUGAAGCUCAUCGAUGCAAAGGUAGCACUUGAAGAGAGAUAUUCACAGAUGAACAAGCUUGUAGCUGAUUUGGAGACUUUUCUAAGAUCAAGGACUGGAACUCUUGAUGUGAAAGACCUGAGAGAAGCGGAAGUGCUUAGACAGGCUGCUGCAUCAGUUAACGUUAAAGAAAUCGAAGAAUUUACGUAUGAGCCCUCAAACCUAGAUGACAUUUUCGCUGUUUUUGAAGACAUGGCUUUAGCUGAAGGUAAUGAAAGGGAAACUGAACCAUCUGUUGCAUAUUGUCCUGCCAGCCAUGCCUCGAAAGUUCAUAUGGUGAGUCCCGAAAUGAACAUGAUGAAAAAAGGUGUCAUUCCGAGACAUUCAAAUGCACAUUUUGAUCAGAAUGAUGAGAUAGAGGAAGACGAGAGUGGGUGGGAAACUGUCAGCCAUCUUGAGGAUCAGGGCUCUAGUUAUUCACCAGAAGGGAGCUCAGUGUCGGUAAACAAGAAUUGUCGGGCCAGUAAUUUCUCGGUAGUGGAAUCGAAUGGGAAGAAAAUGCAUGUGGAGAUUUCCCAGUCAUGUAAACCAGCGAAGUUUGUUAGUUACCUGCUAGACAGUACAAGAAGGUUUCAUCCGUAGCAAGGCUUUGGAGAUCAUGCCCAAACAAUGGAGAAAAUUACAAGAUAAUUUCGGUAGAAGGAACAAAUGGCCGGCAUUUAGAUGGACGAAAGUCUAACUGUAGUAUCAUGUCCCCAGAUAAAUGGUCAGACAUGGGGGACAGUGGAGUUCACCCGACACGGGUCAUCCAAACUUAACAAGAGGGAUGAAAGGGUGCAUCGAAUGGCCUCUUGGUCCGCACAAGAGUAGUUUGAAGGCGAAACUUCUGCAGGCAAGAAUGGAAACACAGAAGGUCCAAUUACGGCAUUUCCUUAAACAGAAGACAUAGAAGUAAACCGUGAUUUCAACUGCAAAAGCGAUAUUAGGCAACUUCUGCUGCUAAGCUUAUAGUUAAAAGUUGAAGUAGCAUAUGAAUACGGUCAACUGAUCUGUCCGGAUUUACCGAUUCUCGGAUCAUCUGAUUCUCAUGCACUGCCAAGAGUUCAGUUUUAUCUUUCCCGGUGAUAUUGCUCUCGGUGAAACCACCGAACCAUCGCCUUUCGGCUCUAGUUGUAAUUCUGCAUGGGGGCUUUAGCCGUUCUCUUUGUAAUCGUGAAAUCAAUGUAUUGCA